CAAAAACAACCCGAACCAAAUCAUACCUCUCUCUCUCUUUAUUAAUUUCUCAUGCCUUCUCUCCCAAGCUCCAUUUGUUUCUCUUUCUAGAUUUUCUCUCGCUCUCUCUCUCUCCAAUGGCGAAGCUAUUCGCCUUCGGAGCGUUGUGGUUGUGCCUUGUGGUGACGGUGAUUUGUCCAAGACACUGCGUUUCGGUGAGAUCUGAUCAAGAGAUCAGGGACAGGUUUUAUGGCAAUCUUCUCAACGGUACGGCGCCGGAUUCUGGUGACGGAAGCAUCGCCAAGAUGUUCGAUCGCGUUCUCGAGAAAGAGUUCUCCGAGAAAGAGUUUUCCGAAAACGAUCAGCCUGAAGGAUCCAAUGGAAGCAGCUUCAAUAGCAGUGUAGCCGAUCAACAAGCUGUACUGGAAACUGUGGCUAAAAUUACUCAUGAGAAAGCCAAGAGAAACGAUACACAAGAAGCAAAUGGUACAAGGUCUUUCCAGUUUCAAGAUGUUUUUUCUCUGGAUAAUGAAGGUACUGAUGACGUAACGACCUUGAUAGAUAAAAAGGAUAAUGUGUUUGUGAUGUCAAACAAGAAAUCCAAGUAUCCAGUGCUACAAGUGGAUCUAAGAUUAAUUUCCGAUUUAGUGGUUGUAAUAGUUUCUGCUGCCAUUGGUGGAAUUAUCUUUUCCUGCCUGGGACAACCGGUUAUUGUGGGCUAUCUUCUUGCUGGUUCAAUUAUUGGACCAGGGGGCCUAAAAUUCAUCAGCGAAAUGGUACAGGUUGAAACUGUUGCACAGUUUGGUGUUGUCUUUCUUCUUUUUGCUUUGGGGCUGGAAUUUUCUUUGCCAAAGUUAAAAGCUGUGGGACCUGUUGCUGUUCUUGGAGGGCUGCUUCAAAUUAUUAUAUUUAUGUUCUUGUGCGGUGUAACUGCCAUGUUAUGUGGAGCAAAGUUGUCGGAGGGUGUAUUUGUUGGUUCCUUCUUAUCAAUGUCAUCAACAGCAGUGGUGGUAAAGUUCCUGGUAGAACGGAAUACUAAUAAUGCUCUUCAUGGUCAAGUUACUAUUGGGACACUUAUUUUACAGGAUUGUGCUGUUGGUUUACUCUUUGCUUUGCUCCCAGUUUUGGGUGGUAACAGUGGCCUUUUGCAAGGAAUGAUAUCAAUGGGAAAGCUGCUUCUGGUUUUAUCCAUGUUUUUGACUGCUGCAUCAGUGCUAUCCUGGUCAUUUGUUCCUCGGUUUUUAAAGCUGAUGAUACAACUAUCAUCUCAAACAAAUGAACUCUAUCAGCUUGCUUCAGUGGCUUUCUGCUUAUUAUCUGCUUGGUGCAGUGAUAAGCUGGGCCUUAGUCUUGAAUUGGGUUCAUUUGUGGCUGGGGUUAUGAUAUCUACGACUGACUUUGCGCAACAUACUUUGGACCAGGUUGAACCGAUCCGGAACCUAUUUGCAGCUCUCUUCCUUUCAAGUAUUGGAAUGCUCAUACACGUGCAGUUCCUAUGGACCCAUGUGGAUAUAUUGCUAGCAUCGGUUAUUCUGGUUGUAGUUGUUAAAACAGCUGUUGUUGCAGUGGUCACUAAAGCCUUUGGAUAUAGCGUUAGGACAUCUUUCCUUGUUGGAGUAUUGCUUGCUCAAAUAGGAGAAUUUGCUUUUGUUCUCUUAAGCCGGGCUUCGAAUCUUAAACUUAUUGAGGGGAAGAUGUAUCUUCUUCUACUUGGGACAACAGCUCUUAGUCUGGUGACGACUCCUGUCCUGUUCAAACUGAUCCCUGCGGUGAUGCAUUUGGGUGUUCUCAUGCACUGGUUCCCUUCAGAGAACAGCAAUCAGAAUGAGGAGAGAGCUUCCGUGCUCGAAUCACGUGAUAGAUUAUUGUGACCCUUGGAGUACAUUACUGUGGCUCUCGAAGCUAGAUUUUGAAGAAUUUUUUAAUUUUAGAGUUUUGUCUUACAGUCAAUUCCAUCACCGAGGCUUCAUUGCAGCAUCAAGGCAUGAUCAGCUCCCCUGAAGCUCACACUGGAGCCUUGGAGUUCUCAUGUACAUAUGUAUUCGUUUAUAUUCUUUCCACACUGUACAUAUAUUCUUUUUGUCCACCGCUGGCUCAUACAAAUAUGUCGGGACGUUAUUAUAAACUGAAAAUUCCAUACAAAAUCCUACAAAAUUGUUUCCCAUGUCCUAAGUAUUUUUCUUUGAACAAGUGGAGAGGUAUUUAAUAGUAUUUUUAUCUUGCCUGACCAGUUUUCUGA